UUGUCUCGUCAGUUGGCUUGUAUUUUGUUCUCUGCUUUUUUUCAACCCUGCUCAGUUCAUUGUUUGUGCUUUCUGUCAGCUGUCUUGUUCCCAGCUCAUGUUCUGUUGAGUCUUGUCCCAAUGUUUAUUUGGAACUUUGAAUCUGGUUUUUGGACUUUGUUGAUUUUGUAUGUGUCUAUUUUGAAUUGCGUAUGCCUUAUUUACUUUCCUUUUAGCUCUUUUAAGAUUGAGUUCCUAUUUUUUGGAGUGCAAUCCGACCUUCCUCCCUGCUUCGCUGCACUUGGGUCCGCAACCUCAUAUGCACCCCAUUUGACAGUACAAUAUUCCAGACAAAUGAGGCGUCCCGCUCCAAAGUAUUUCCAUCGCCAGCAAAUGACGGUGAUGAGGUCUCGCGGGGGAACAAGAUGGAAUUGCGGAGGUCCGCUAAUGGAUUGUGGAGUGCGAUGUCUGCGGAGUGGUGCCAGCAACUGGACACGUGGUUUCCUGCCUCCGCCGAGCCGCUAUCUUCCUGCAUUAAUAACGUCCUCAGCUGCUCCAUCCCAGAUGACUCACAGCUGCAAAUGGAAACAGCCAGAAUAGUUUGGAGAUGCUGCCACUUGUUCCAGUCUUCACCGAUCCACUCCCGGCCCGGAGGCCCCCCAGGUAACACAUGUCACAACGGCCUGGUGCACCCCGUGACCCGGUCCGCCUUGCCGUCUGUUCACAGUGCACUGGGCAUCAAGCACUUUCUUCCCUUCCCAUUGGACAACAACGUCUCGCCCGCUGUGAAUAUCUUCCCGGGAUUCAAUACUAUGGACCCGGUGCAGAAGGCCGUCCUCCAUCACACGCUGGGCCUCCUGCCCGCUGCCACUGCCGCUGCCCCAAAGAGGAGGCACGUUUCCUGCGGAGUUUGCCGACUGAGGUUCAAUUCGCAGGUAUACCCGAACCAAGCGUUGGCCCACUACAAGGGCACCAAGCACGCCAGGAAGCUAAAAGCCCGGGACACUCCCAAAAGCAAGCUCAAAGGAACGCCGCUCGCCAAGGAGCCCAGAACAGACAGAAAAGAUGCGGUUCCGACCACAGUGCCUCCGCCGCUGUCCUCCACGCUCCGACUGGCAAUCCCAUCAGAGUCCACAGUGACCCGUGAGACGCCGACCGACGUCGCCGGAACCUUGUCGUCGGUCACCAACGCCCCGGAGGUGACCUCGGAGUUUGAGCUCAACUUGCCAUCAGAAACCGAACCGGAUCUGGACCCUGACAAAGAACCCGAGAAGGACGCGGAAACGGAGGAGGAGAAAGCUCGGCGCCUGCUCUACUGCUCGCUCUGCAAGGUGGCCGUCAACUCGGCGUCGCAGCUGGAGGCUCACAAUAGCGGUACGAAGCACAAGACCAUGCUGGAGGCCCGCAGCGGCGUGGGCUCCAUCAAGUCGUUCCCGCGGCCGGGAAUCAAAGGCAAAGUGGCGCCGCCGUCCUCGUCCAAGGCUUCCACGGGCCUGCAGAACAAAACUUUUUACUGUGAGACGUGCGACGUGCACGUCAACUCCGAGACGCAGCUGAAGCAGCACAUCAGCAGUCGUCGUCAUAAAGACAGAGCGGCAGGCAAACCGGCCAAACCCAAAUACACCCCUUACAGCAAAGGAGCCACCAAGCAAACCCAGAUCAAGCUGAGUUUGGGCAAAGAGCGUCCGUGCCCUCCCCUGGCCGCCCUUCUUCCCACACAGCUCAUGGCUGCCGCGGCUGCCGCACUCGGUAGCACGUUCCCGCAGCGCCCGACCCAUGGCCCCGCCUCCAACCCUGCCCUCUUCCCGACUCCGCCCCUCACCACGCCCCUGCUCCGCCCCACCGCUGGCCCUAUAAGGACCGCCCACCCGCAAGUCCUCUUUGCGCCAUACUGACCCCAGAUUGGGCAGCGGCAACGGAUUUCAUGCGGGACCAGUCUAUGCAUCCAGGAUUCAAGAUUAAGCGCUGUCAGUCAACCUGGACAGCUACAUGAGGGCAAUAAUGUAACACUCUCUCACACACACACACACACACACACACACACACACACACACACGUACAUACAUGAACUAUGCAGUGUCAUUACGUCAUGAGUGUCACUAGGUGGGACUCACGUUCCUGUUUGCACUUUAACUUUUGUUGAUGUGCAUGUUUGACUGUGUUCAGUGGUUGACUAGGUAUCGUUUUUUUUUUUUUGUUGUUUUGGGGGGGUGGUUGUGGAUUAGUCCUUGUCAAAAAAACGUGUGGUAUUUGGUUUUGAUGUGAAAUUUCCAGAUGAACCUAAAAUGACCUUGAAAGGUGAACUUAAUUUGACCUCCUGUAAAAAUGUUGAAUUCCCAUCCAUUCAUUGUUUCAAUGCUUUUUGCACAACUUGCUGUUCAACCGCUGAAGAGCAAAGUUCACAGCAGGUGUUCGAUCCAUGAAAAAUUUCUUUUGAAGUUGAAAGAUUCUUCACUAUACACCAUUUUCAAACUGGUCCAAGGCUGGUUUCUAAACUGUGACACGACAAAUCUUGCAAGUCAUCCUGAAAUUUCACACCAAAAUCCCAUAUCAAAAGGUUCCUGUGUGUGUGUGUGUGUGUGUGUGUGUGUGUGUGUGUGUGUGUGUGUGUGUGUGUGUGUGUGUGUGUGUGUGUGUGUGUGUGUGUGUGUGUGUGUGCGUGCGUGUGUGUGUUGUCUGGAUCACCGGUACCUCUGUGUGUUAUAUGUCCAAUGUGUUCAAAGUGUUCAUUUGAAAUAAAACAAGAGUCCUACUUUGUUAAA